AUUUGGAUCCAAGACUUUCCCGUGCAUUAUCGAAACUUAAUUUUCAUAAACCUACACUCAUUCAAGCAAAAACUAUUCCUUUAGCUUUAUCCGGAAAAGAUAUAUUAGCAAGAGCAAGAACAGGAAGUGGUAAAACAGCUGCUUACUGUUUGCCCAUUAUUCAAAAAAUAUUGAAUGUAAAAGAAAGUAUUUCCGAGUAUUCUUCAGAACGCAUGGCAACACGAGCACUUAUUCUUGUUCCAACACGGGAACUUGCAGAACAAAUAACAAAGCAUAUUAAUGAUUUUCUGCUCUAUUGUUCUAAAGAAGUAAAGGUUAUAAAUAUUGCUAAUAAUACACCCUUACAACUUCAAAGACCAAUAUUAUCAGAAUUACCUGAUAUAGUUGUCUCGACACCAAGUAGAGUUUUGGCACAUCUUGAAUCACAAAGUCUUGUAAUUAAUAACUCACUUGAAUCACUUGCUAUUGAUGAAGCUGAUCUCAUACUUUCAUAUGGAUACGAGGAAGAUAUAAUGAAAAUUUUGACCUAUAUACCAAAAAUGUUCCAAUGUUACUUGAUGAGUGCCACAUUGUCUAAGGAUGUAGAAAAUCUUAAACAUUUAUUAUUGCGUAAUCCAGCAAUAUUAACAUUACAUGAACAAGAUGAACCUAAUUUGCUCACUCAAUAUUGUAUUAGAUGCUCAGAAAUAGACAAAUUUCUAUUAAUAUAUGUUGUGUUAAAGCUUGGUCUUAUCAAAGGCAAAUGUCUCAUAUUUGUAAAUGAUAUAGAUCGAUGUUAUCGUCUUAAAUUAUUUUUAGAACAAUUUUCAAUUAAAAGCUGUGUAUUAAACUCUGAAUUACCUUUAAAUUCCAGGUUUCAUAUUGUACAGGAAUUUAAUAAAGGAAUAUAUGAUUAUAUUAUUGCAACUGAUGAAAGUGAUUUAAAAAGUGAAAAAGACAGUGAUAAUGAAUCAAUUGAGGAAAAUGAUGAUG